CAGCUCAUUGACAUUUUUUAUCGAUGCAACAGCAUGAAACCGCGUGGAGUUUGUUUAGCUUUUUAAAUGUUCCAUUUUCGUUUUAAUAUAUGUAUGUAUAUGAAUCAGGCCUGAUGGUUUUAGAAAAAUGAGUACCAGUGACGAAAUAUCUUGGACUGAAGUAUCCUUCGAAGUUAAUUCAUCUUCUGGAAUUUAUGAAGAUCCAGAAGUAGAUCUUGCAUCAGUAGUUGUAGGAGCAACCACAAAAGAAAAUGAAAUAAAGGAUAGAAUAAAGCAAUAUUUGAACAUAUUCAGAAAUAGUACAGACCAAAAAGAUGUAAAGGAGGAGGCAAAAAACUUGCUUUUGCACUUUUUUACAAAGUAUAAUAAUAAAAAAGCUUUGAAGAAAUAUUUACAAGACAUAGUGGGAAAAUCCAAUUUGACAAGUUUAAUAAUAAAAACCACAACAGAGGAGAUUUUAGAGAAUAUCAACAAUACACGCUGUAACUUGAAUCUAUGCACAGAUCUACUCAACUUUGUGAAUGUGAUGCAGAACUCCAUAGAAUAUGAUUAUGAAAUGACCAUAGAAUACCUGUUUCCAUUGUAUUACAAACUUUUUGAGGGAUUUGUAUACCAUUCAAAAUCUACUUUUGAAAAGGUUUCCUCAAUUUUGGAUGAAUUAAUUAGUGUUGUUAAUGUUGUUCUCAAGCAGAUAUUGGCUGUUUUUGGUAAAGACAUUCCCUUUAUCGAAACUUUGUCAAAAAUGUAUAGUGCCAAAUUAAUUGUUUUGGCCCAUACAGUUGUAAACCAUGAAGAAAUUGGAUUCGACUUGAAAACAAAGGCUGGAUUAAUUUUCACACAUUCCUUCAAUAUUAUUCCUCAAAAGUAUCGUAAAAACUUUAAAUAUGAAGAUUGUCCCCAGUUGGCAUUCCUGAGUGAAUAUAAUGAAGAAAAAUGUUUUACAUUGAUCAAGAAUAAACUACCUGUUUUUGAACACGGGGAUAGCAUAGUAAUCACCUAUGCUUCAAUUCUGAAUGUUCUUCCACAGGAAAAAUUGUUUGAACUUACUAUCAACGGUAAAACACUUGUGUGUUCGUUAUAUCAGGGGCUCAUGAACUGUGCUAGAAGGGAAUCAAGCAAUCCACACAUAAUUGUAGAAACAAGUAGAGCUCUUACCACUAUCGGAAAACAACUGAAGUUUCUUCCACGUGAUUUGGUAAAACCUUUAUAUUUGGAAGGCAUAGCAUUUGUUUGGUCCCACAUUGAACAUUUUGUCGAUAGUGUUCGAAAUUAUACCAAACUUUUUUUUGUUGAAUUAGUCAUUGUAGCAGCUACUCAUAGAAACGAAGGGCAUGUUGAAUUGGCGGAUAUUCUUAUAGAAAAUGUAAAACAGUUGGAAACAACUCAAACAGUCCGUUUCUUGGCCAUGGAAAAUAUAUCACUUAAUAUGGGUUGCACUUACCUCUUACAGAACUUCAAUGAUUUACCAGAUGAUUUACUGAAUGUUAUAUCAAACCCAACCAUAUCUGAGCAAGUGUCCAAAACAUACAUAGUGAUUAUGGAGAAACAUUUUCGGGAAAGUAACAGGGAAGAGUGGACAAGUGUAUGGGUUUCUCCUGUAACUGGAGUGCUGAAAAGCUGUGCACAUUGCACACCGUUGUGUCAGAGAAUUAUUUCUCAUGCUUUUCAGUUAUACCCUCCUGUAUUGCGAAAAAUAUACCCUCACAAUUACAUUGGUAAUACCCAGGAAUCGGGAGUUUUACUGAAAUGUCUGGAGUUUGCUCGGCUCAAUGGUAUGGAAUUAACAAUUGAAAGUAGAGAGGAAGUACCUUUAUAUUGGAGGGGCUUAAUCGACAAGGAUAAAAUGCAAGCGUUCAUGACACAUCAAGAUGAUGGGGUUAGAGUUUCGGCUCUUGCAGCGAUUGUAGUCAGUCAAAAAAGCACCGAGAUUUUUUUAGACUGGGAAUUAGCUUAUUUAACGAGUUACAUCUCUUACAAUAUAACCUCACAAAUACCUUCAGUUCGUAAACAAAUAUUAACAUACUACAAAAAAGCCUUGGCAAGGUUCAAUGCUGGCUUCAACGUAAUUGUGAGAAAUAUCUCUUAUCUGAAAAAAAAGCUAGAACUUCCCGAAGAUAUACGACGUGAAACAAUAAGUAUAUUUGCGGUAUACCAGGAGCUCUAUUCGUCAUACAAAUCAUUCAUAAAAAAAUUCACAAAGCUACUAAUUUCAUUUUUGACAAUCGAUUCCAAUUAUCCCAGGAGAGCUCUUAGCAUGGAAUUGUUGAUUUUGAUUCACAGUUUUCUUCCUCUUGAUGAGUGGCUCCUUUGUUGGACAGAAGAAGAUGUUAAGAAUUGCCACAGUAUUUUAUUUGAUGGCUAUGAAUCAAAUAAAAAAAUGGCUGUGAUUCUACUGAAGGACUUACCACCAAAAGAUAUGGGAUUCACGGAUGUGGAUUUUACUUUCAAGUAUAUGCAACGAUGUCUUUCCAUUGCACUUGGAAUAAAACCUAACACGACCCUAUCAGCACCUUAUUUACUUGAAGUUUGUGCCUAUUCACCAUUUUUUUAUGAAAUUGUUCAAUACGGCGAUUCUCGUAGCAAAAAACGAACAUUGCACAACCCUAUUCUGGAUACAGUGGUCAUUCUUGUUGAAAAACUUAUAGGGCAGAUCAAUAUACUUAUGGAUAAUUGUACUCCAAAAGUAGCAAACUAUGGGUUACUAAUGUGUAUAAGAUAUCUUCUUCAAAGAAGAGACAUGAGUAAAGACAACGAGGCUUGCUCUGGUUUAUUCGAACACAUAACGACAAUUUGCCUUAACCUCAAGAACCAUGUCAUGCCGAUAGUAUGCAACCACACCCCAGAGGGAUACUUACCUGAAACUGGUGAUAUGAUUUAUAUAGAUGAUACAUCAAAAUCACAGUUGCUGGUGGUAUAUGCCUGGCGAACUAUCAAAGAAAUGACCCUAUUGCUGGCAGAAAUUGUGAGACAGACUAUAAAACUAGAAAAAACGUUGGAGAUGUUGGGAAUGAGUUUAAUCAUUAAAGUGGGACAGUUCUUUCUGGAUAUAUUUCUAGAAACAAAACACAGAGGUGUUUAUGAACAGGCAUAUAUUAGUUUUUCUGUGAUAUGUGAUUCAUUCUGGACGUCUUCCAAUCCUAAAUUCAAUUGUCUUCCUAAACUAUGGCUCCAAGAUGCCUUACGUUUAUGCACGGGAGAAAAACAAUCUUCUAAGUUAUGUGUAACAAGGAGAAGUGCGGGACUACCAUUUUUAAUCCUGGCGAUAUUAGGUUCAGAACCAACUUUCAGUAAACCUCGAUUCAAUCAUGCAAUAACUGUUCUUUUGGAAAAGUGCAAAAACAUCAACCAUGGUAAUAAUGAAUAUAGAGUGCAUUGCCUUAAUGUAUUGAGAGCGAUGUUUCGGCACAGUCGACUUGGUGAAAUGGUAUCUCCUUUUAUAGCUCAAGGUGUCAUCAUCGCAAUAUUAGGGUUCAAUAGUGAAACUUGGGGGAUCAGAAAUUCUGCAACCCUUCUCUAUGCUGCACUGAUAACCAGAAUGUUUGGCGUACAAAGAACCCAAGAUUCCGAAGACGUUUGCAUGAAGAAUAGAUUGACUGUGAGAGUAUUCUUUAUGAGAUAUCCAGAAUUGUUCAAGUUUCUUAUGAGUACCUUGGCGAGAGAGAGUAUAAAAAGUGACAGCCUUCUUUUGCAUCCAGUUUUAAUGAUAUUAUGUAGAUUAUAUCCGGGACAUUUUGAAGAAUAUGAUAUGCAGCUAGAUCGAUAUCUUCCCCACUUAACAGUGUGUCUGUCAAAUCCUGUAUAUAGAACAAGAGAACUAGCUGCAAGAGCAUCUAUUCUCUUGAUAAGAAAUGAUCAAAUGGAGGAACAUCUAGAUCAUACAUUCGAAAGGUUGAAGGAGCCUGAUAUUAAGGAUAAUGAAUGUCAUGGACUCUUACUACAGGUAUAUCAUAUUUUGAAAUCCAGUAAUAUCGGUGAAAUACAUUUAACAAGAUAUCUUGCCAAUAGUGUUCACUUACUGCAGUAUGUUGGCAAAAAAUUUAGCCACAUGACUGUUUCCCUCUACAUGGAAGUCGUGAUGUUAUUCUUGAUGAAAUAUAGAAGUUAUGAUGAUCUGGAGAUGCUUAAAACCAUUGUACAAAUAUUAUCAAGGCAAAUAACAUCGAACCAAGUAGCAUUAACUGCAAAGAGCAAAUAUCCCCAAAGAAGACUGGAGCUACUUUUAUACAUCAUUGUAAAUAAAUUUGAAGAAACUGACCUUACAUAUCCAACUGUCACAAAUCAGUUGAUUUGUCAAUUAUAUGGACAUAACUUUGAAAUGAAACGGUUUUGUCUUCAAUUAUUAAUAUAUUUGAAUCAAAUUCAACAUGACUUCAAACAUGCAUUAUAUGAAACUGAAGAGUUCCAGAUGCCUCAAGAAAUAGUGACUUUAGUGAAUAGUUUUGAAAAACCACUUGUGACGAAAAUGUUAACAAGCAUGCAUCAGUAUUUGAAGGGCUUUCUGACUGAGGAGGUAAAAUAUCCGCAUUACAUAAAAAGUGAAGAUCGAGUUCUACUUUUUUUAUUGGUUAAUUAUUAUCCGUGCGUCAUCAAAUAUUUAAAUUUAAGCAAACAAGAGACUCUCAAUAGUUUAAUAACAUUUUGUAACUGUGAUAAUGAAGAGCUUAUUAGUGCUGUGGUUAGUUGUAUAAGCACUUUUUUAUUGCAACUGGACUAUAGUGUACUGAGGUAUGAUCAACUAUUAAAAGUGUUAGUUGAAUCAGCAUCUCCCGCUGCCAGUGAUUUUAGAAGACUAGCUGUGUGUGAUUUCUUGUGGAAAAAUUAUAUUUUAUAUUGUAAUGAAGAUCCAAUUCUAGUGGGUGAUGAGCUACAAAUGGUUUUCAAUAUUGUUAUGGUUUUAUUAGAAGAUGAUGAGUUGCUGGUUCGAAAUUCAAUGAGUAAUUUUGCAUCAAUCCUAAAAAUCAAAAUUGCACUCAGUUGUAGUACACAAACAACAGUUUACAGUCAGCGAUUGCCAAUUGUUCCAGAAAAAGCAAGAGAAGAUUUACUCACCUUAGCAACAAUAAUACUCCAGAAGGAAAGAGCGAUUUGUUUCUUAUUUUCAUGGGCCUGUAGGCAUUUUCCAGACUCUUCAAAUAAUGCUUCUGAGGUUUUCGAAAGAGGCGAACUGAAUCUCCAUGCAGAAAAUGUCCCCUUCAUGGAAUAUUGCGGGAAUUUGCUUCACAAAUUGCUGUGGACUCUCGAAGAUGGCUUGAGAUAUGAAGAUAGAUCAAUAUUUAUAGAAGAGCAUGCAUUAUUGGUAACAACAAUUCUACUGGACUCUCUUUCAAAAUAUCCAUCUCCUAUGAUGCUGGUUAAAACUAAAGUGUCUGUGAUAUGUGCUUUAAAGUCAACAGUUAAGUUUUUAGAACGAUAUCAAAUUAAUAAUAAUUUUAUGAAUGGGUUUAGAAUAUAUUUGAAUGAUACAAUUCUAGGUUAUUUAACAAAACAUGUAGAGCAUGUCGAUUUGUAUAAUGUUAAAUGGAUCAUUAGAUAUAUUUAUGAGCCAGUUUUAAAGUAUAAAUGAUUAUGGAAUUUUAUUUUGUGUAAUUGAGAUUGACCAAACUUAAAUAAUUAAGUAUUAUCAAUUUAUUUCAUUGUCAACCCUAUUUUUGUGACUGUUGACUUCUUAAUUAUAUGUUUUACAGUA